GCGCAAGAAGGAAAUUCAAAUCUAACCAUCAGACAUUCUUUUAAUACAUCUGAUGCUGAACCACCUAUGAGUUCUCUUUAUUAUGAGGAUGAUGCAACCUUCAUGUGGAAAGGAACAUUGUCUUCAUACAAAAGUACUUUGGGACUGGUCAAGAGAAUUGAUCUCUCCAGCAACAGAUUAACUGGGGAGAUUCCAAGUGAAAUCACUCAUCUUGUUGGGCUAGUUUCUCUGAACCUUUCGAGGAACAAUUUAACUGGACAAAUACCUUUAGAGAUCGGAAAGUUGAAGUCACUUGAUUCUCUUGAUUUGUCUAGAAACAAGAUAGGUGGUGGGAUUCCGACAAGCCUUGUUUGGGUCUAUGGACUUGGUGUCAUGGAUUUGUCAUAUAACAACUUGUCUGGUGAAAUUCCAACUGGUACUCAACUCCAGAGCUUUGAUCCGUCCUUUUAUGCUGGAAAUCCUCAAUUGUGUGGACUUCCACUUGAAGUUUGUAAUCCGGAGGGAACUGGUCGGCCAAAUGUCUCGAGUGAUCAAGAAGAUCCAGAUGAGCUCAUCACGCAAGGCUUUUACAUAAGUCUGGGACUUGGAUUUGCUGUUGGAUUCUGGGGAGUCUGUGGGAGUUUGAUAUUCAAGCGGUCGUGGAGAUAUGCAUACUACAACUUCUUGAAUGCUUUAAAUGAUUGGCUUUAUGUGAGGGUAGCUUUGAUCAAACGACAGUUAUGGGAUAUGCUUAAUAGACAAUCUUAAGCGUGCCAGCAUCUUCUGAGACAAGUGGUUCCUUUCAAUUUAGCACAUACUUGCAUUGUACAAUCAUCUGCUCAAGUCUUCAAGUAUACAGAGUGUUUAGUACCCUUGUUCGGUCAUGUUUUUCUUUAUUUUGUCUUUAGCUUGCGAAGUUUGGUUUCAAUGUCUCAUUGUAUUAGUUUUCAAUAUUAAGUUAUCCCUCAGUAGUCAGUACCAUUGACAUUUAUGAUAAAGUAUCAGAAAUUUCUUGUAUAUUAUCUGUAAUGUUACUGUAAGAACUUGUAAUUGUAAGAACUUGUUGGUCCAAUCAACUCUUUGCCUUAAAGAAUUUCUAUUCUAGCUAGUGUUAUUUCAGAAAAUGUUGCAGUACUAUAAUUUUAAUGAUAAUGUAUUUGAUCAAUAACUACUGAAUGACCCGUGAUUAGGGACUGCAUCUUAAGGUUUUCUUUCUUGAAUUCAACAGUUUUUCAUCAAGAAGAAUAGACAGGCAUGGUAUCUGUACACAAAUUACAUGCUUCUGUUACACAUC